AUGAUAUACCAGGAGCACGCUCUGGCUCUCGCGCUUGUGGCGGCAGUAGGCUUCUCUUUGCUCUAUGCUGGUGCACUUCUCACCCGAAGAUACUUGGCCCUCAGCCAUAUUCCGGGCCCUCGAGUUGCGGCGUGGACCGAUCUCUGGCUAUUUCAGAAGUAUCAGAACCCAUCUCUAAACCCAGUUAACUUCUACAUCGACCUUCACAAGCAGUAUGGCCCUGUUGUGCGGUACGGUCCUCAGAGGGUUCUGUUUAGCGAUCCUGCUCAAGUGCCUGUCAUCUAUGGAACCACCAAAGUCUUCGAGAAGGCUCCAAGCUAUGAUGUGCCGGUACUGAAGGUGAAUGGGAAGCUCACUCGAUCCAUAGCUACAAUCAGGGACGAGAAGCUCUUAUCCGCAAUCAAGAGACAGGUUACAACGGCUUUCAGUGCCAAGUCGAUGCACGACUAUGAGCACCACGUCGAUCUGACGAUCGAAGCCUUCCUCGAUGUACUCCACGUCAAGGGGCCAUACCUCGACCUAAUGCCCAUCCUUAGCUUCUUUACCUUUGAUACGAUCUGCCGACUGGCUUUUUCCGAUACACUCAAUCUCAUGUCCAACCAGUCCGACAUGGACAAUGUGCUUCAAGCGGGCCGCGAUAGAUUCGUCUACUGGCACAAGUGGUUCGCUAUUCCUAAGAUCGAAGGUUUGCUAUUCAAGAAUCGCUUCACGCCCUCCUCGUCCAAUCCUUCAAAGCUCGGCGAGCUGGCCAAGAAGCGUUUUGAAGAACGUCUUGAGAAAGGCGGCGUCGGAAUACAUCAGGAUCUCCUAGAUCGCUACUUCCAGGCAAGGGAAAAAGAUCCGCAGACAUUUUCGACAACAAUCAUCAUGGGCAUGACAAUGUCCACCAUUCAUGCCGGCUCUGAAACCACGGCUCACACUCUCGCCAAUACUUUUUGGGAUCUGUUGAAGCAUCCCGAUGUCUACCGCAGGCUGAAAGAGGAAAUUCGAAAUGCAGGCUUUUCAUCACCACCUAUGGAGGCGGAAGUCAGAAAGGUUCCCUUUAUCGAAGCAUGCAUAAAGGAAUCUACAAGGUUGCACAACUUGCUCAACGAUCCGUUCGAGAGGGUGGUACCACCAGAGGGUGCGACGAUUGCUGGAACCUGGAUCCCAGGCGGCACUAUAGUUGGUAUCAACACUGCUGUACUCGGCAGAGACACUACGCUCUAUGGCGAGAACGCUGACCAGUACGUCCCUGAUCGUUGGCUCAGUGGUACACCUCAACAACAUGCGGCGAUGGAGAGGUCAAAUUUCGCAUUUUCGCAGGGCAAGCGCAACUGCCUUGGCCUUCAUAUGGCGUGGACAGAGAUGCUGAAGCUGCUGCCGGCCAUUUUGAACGAGUUCGAUAUCGAGCUUGCCGACCCGAACGCCGAAUUACAGACGACAGUGGCGACCAUGAUCUUCGUCAAGGACCUGCCAGUCAUGGCCACACCACGCAGGAGAUGA